AUGGCUGAUAGUAAUUCUACAUCAUUUGGGUCAGUUUUCGCUUCUGGCAUUCAAGAUGUGGCGGCUGUAGCAGCUGUGCUAGGAACAGGUAUAUGUGAUACAAACGCUGGAUUGGCGUUAACUAAGGGCUAUCUGUUCCCUGCUGCAUGUGGCAUGUCAAUGUUUGGUGUUCUAGGACUUGCAAAGCACGGCCUCAAAUCUUUUUUGCCUCUGCAUGUUGCCAAGAACUUGGGUAUCGAGGUUGAAAAAUUCGACACGCACAGAAUAGAUAAAAAAAUACACAAAGUAUUAGAAGAUAGAUUGUCAUUUGAAAAAAGAACACGCUUGAAUAGACAAAAUGUCAAAAUACGAAUGACUCUACUAUUGCAUCUUGAAGAUACUCCAGAUUCGUCUGACACAUACAUAUACUUUCCUCUUCUCUUGGCAUUCUCUAGCUUUGCGACUUCCUUCGUCUGCUGGUUUGACGCUGCGAUUAUGCUGUCAGGACCUCCUUCGCUCUAUACAUUAGCUACUUUUGAUAUGGACCCGUUUGAGCCUCAUUACUUUGGCAAUUUGCUUACUAGGCGUAUUGGUUAUGGCAUAGGACUUCUUGCAGCUGUAGGCACCAACAUGACAUCGACAGACACCUACUAUUGGCUAGGGCUUGAGCUUACACUAUGCUUCUUACGCUUGGUGAUAUGGUCAUGGAAUACUGAAAAGGAUGACUUGAAUGUGACACAGUUACGAUAUAAGAUAGACAGAAACGAUGAAGGAAUUAUCAAGCAGAUCCAGGAAUUACCGUUAUCAAGAAGUAAAGUAGAAGAUGCAAUUAGCAAUCUCAAGCUUGGUGGCUACUUCAUUCAAUCUGAAAUAGUGGAUGCAUACUAUCAAGCAAGAUAUCAUGUCCAUGACCUGUCUAUCCCUUAUUUUAACCAAAUUCAUUUAUAUACUCCCUUUCGCAGCAGUAAUACCGCCAGCAAAAUCAGUUAUGUGAAAACCUCGCCGAUAAGUUCUUGGGUAUAUUACUUCAAAGGAAAUGAAUUUGAACCACAGACAGGAGAGCAACUAGAUGUUAGAGUACUUGAGAAAUUGAAAUCAGAAAUAGACUUUAUUACUCCAUGGAUAAAGCUUGUCACUUCACACAAGCAGGUUGAUCCUGAGGCCGAAGAAGACGAGCAAAUGUAUAAAUAUGUGGAAUUAGAGUCGUAUCGGGCUAAACUUGAGUAGUAUUAAAAUAAUAGUAACAAUAGCAACAAUAAAUAUUGGUCAGCUAUUCUGUAUAUGCAUUCACACAAAGUUUAAUGCAAUACUGCUCACUUUUUUGAGAUUGAUGCUUUCUAAUCAAUCAAGCAUUCUCGAUAUUAAACAGGUAGGCAAUAACCGUAGUGUUUCGGAUCAAAGCUUCUCUUGUUUU